UCUGGUUGAGCGCCGGGCCGACAAACCAAUGGGCGUGCGGCUUGCGGGAGGCGGGACUUCCGUCAACGAAGUCCUGGUGAGCGGCUGCGCGAGGGCGGCCACUUCCUUUCUUGGCUGGCGGCGAGAGCGGAGGGUGCGCCAUGAAGGCCUCGGGCACGCUGCGAGAGUACAAGGUAGUGGGGCGCUGUCUGCCCACCCCCAAGUGCCGCACUCCACCGCUGUAUCGCAUGCGAAUCUUUGCACCUAAUCAUGUUGUCGCCAAGUCCCGCUUCUGGUACUUUGUGUCUCAGCUGAAGAAGAUGAAGAAGUCUUCAGGGGAAAUUGUCUACUGUGGGCAGGUGUUCGAGAAAUCCCCCUUGCGGGUGAAGAACUUCGGCAUCUGGCUGCGCUACGACUCCCGCAGCGGCACCCACAACAUGUACCGGGAGUACCGGGACCUGACGACCGCGGGCGCCGUCACCCAGUGCUACCGAGACAUGGGCGCCCGGCACCGUGCCCGGGCCCACUCGAUCCAGAUCAUGAAGGUGGAGGAGAUCGCAGCCAGCAAGUGCCGCCGCCCGGCAGUCAAGCAGUUCCACGACUCCAAGAUCAAGUUCCCGCUGCCCCACCGGGUCCUGCGUCGCCAGCACAAGCCACGCUUCACCACCAAGAGGCCCAACACCUUCUUUUAGAUGCAGAGCCUCCCUGGCCCCAGGUCCGCCCAAAUAAACUCCUUGGGAAAACCCGGGUGCUCAGA